AUGUUCGGUUUUCGAGGAGCGGCAGAUGGCGCGAACUCUUGCAUCAAGAACUUCACCACGUACUAUGAUGAUUCAACGCCUCCUGUUGACGUGGGGUAUUCAGACUCUGCCGUACAGUGCCAGGCUGCCUGUGCGCAACAAGCUGGAUGUGAUGCAUGGACCUACCUGAGCGACUCCCAAGUCUGUUGGCAGCUCCCGAUGACACCGGAACUGGUGCUCAUUGGCAACAAAUUCGGAACCAGCGGCCUCAAGAACUGUGCGCCAUCUGCGGCCGUUAAGGCUAAGGCCGCAUUGGUCGCAGAGGCUACCGUCACCAGGGCGCCUGUGCUGUACGAAGGCGGGCUGCGGCCGAAGUGCUCCUUCCGGGGAAAAGCCUUCUUCGACUCCAGUGUGAAGGUGAUGAAUGGUGGCGCCGUGGGAUCACCGCAGGAUUGUGCGACAAGCUGCAACUCACAACCAACGUGUCAGUUCUGGACCUUCUACAACAACACCGGGGCGUGCUGGCUUCAAGGCUCCAAUGUGACGCAACAUGAGAGCGAGUUUGCAGUCAGUGGGCCCAAGCUUUGUGCCCAAGCUGUCGAAAGUGACCGCUACGAGUCCGGACACAACAUCACACGGGCCGGCCAGCUGGUCAUGAUGAGAUCUAUUCCUCGACCGAGUUGCUCCAACCGCGGCCAAGCAUAUCAGCACGCAACAAUGAAGACACCAACUUAUGUUGCAGAUGCCAACGCAUGCCAGUACUCCUGCCAGACCCUGUCUUUCUGUACCAGGUUCACAUACUACAUAAACUCCAAAGGUUGCUGGCUGUUGGAUGACAACGUCACAACCUUUGCGAGUGACAUGGCCAUCAGUGGACCCAAAGCGUGCUCCAAGCCAAUCGUUAAGGAGUUGGAGCCUGCUGCGACGCCAGGAUUGCGCGCGACCCUUGAGACAGGUCAUGCCCAAGAUGCAUGCAAAAGAAUCGGUCUUGCUUACCUGGGCAACUUGGUGUCGUCGAUGGUCGCUACAAGCUCUUCGGAAUGUCAGCAGCGAUGCCGGACGUCGAGGGCAUGCGACGUCUUCACGUAUCGGCUGGACUCCAACAGGUGCUUGCUGCAUGGAUCCAGAGCCAUGGAGCAACAACAUCCUCAUGCCGUCAGCGGGCCAAAGGCCUGCCUUGAGGAGUUCCAGAUGCUGGCGAGCCUGCCGGAGAAGGCACGCGUUUCCGCAAGCAGCGGCAAACAUCUGCAUGAUGACCAGUCGCAGGCUGAACCGGGGAGGAGGCUCAGCCACUUGAGCCUGGCAAGCUUCGGUUUGGCGGCCCUGGUGACUUUGUCACUGGUGGUUGGUCGGCUGCAGGCUGGUACCUGGGCUGACAGGCACGCAGAUCAGACUGAGCUCUCGCUUCUGGAUCCCGAUCAAGCUGUGGACGAGGUUGGGGCAGAGUUCGCUGCAGCUUUGCGUUGCUGUCGCAGCGCUUGGCCCGAGACCAGAGGUCCAAGCCUCUCCAAAGUGGAUGGAGGUGCAGCGGCCAUGGCGCCAGACAUCCAUAUGACAGAUCUUGAGCAGCGGUUGCCUGGCAAAGACAAUCUCAUGUGGUCAAGCUCUUUCUGGUCCGGGGUUCUGCCUGGUCACCGGUGUCGGAUGACCUUCUACGAUGCCUACCUGGAUGUGCUUGACAAAGCCAAGCAAGAUGCGAACUACUGGGCGGUCCGAGCCUUGUGCCAGUGGAAAGUUAUCACUGAAGCAACAGUGCACGGCAAAGAGCUGCGGCUUGUGAAAGUUUCCUGUGGCUUCUUCAGAGAGGCGAGCGAGAUCCCCAUGUUUGAGCGCUUCCGCUACCGAAUGCUGUGGCUGGUCGAGUGGAGGCAACUGCUGGCGUGCCCAAUUGUCAUGGCACAUCCUGUUGCAUACGACGAGGCAAGUCAGCCAAGAGGUGUGCAGAACACCUACUUCGUGUUUGAGACCCUGGUUUCGGUCGACCGGGCGGAAUUGAUGCCGGGCGAUGCGCCGAACCCGUGCUACUUGAAAGAGCCCUCCAACUGGAUAGACAUGAUGGUGGUCAUUUUUACUUUUGUGGAGCCCUUCGCUGCAGAAGUGAUUUCUGAACAAGACUUGAGGACGAUGAGAGUCCUCCGUAUUUUCCGAGUCUUCCGAGUCAUUAGAGGGAUGACCUUCUUGCCACGCUUGAGGACCAUAGUACAAGCCCUUUCAAAGAGCUUGUACCGCCUCUGGAUCUCGUCCCUUGCGAUUACCUUCACCCUGAUCGUGGUUAGCAUGGCUGGGACAGAUCUCUUUGGCGAUGUCUAUUGGAGGCGCUGCCGGCUUUCUGAAGAGCCCUACCUUGUGAACGGCACCUUGGUCUGGCCUCUGGACCCUUCUCAACCGCGCUUCUGCGGUGGCCGAUAUGAGUGUGUACCAACAACAUCCGGUGCUCCGACCUACUGUAGGUCUCCAGUGAGUACGGACACGGGGCCACUUCCCGGUUACAAUCCAUGGCCGGAGCUCUUCGAGAAUCCCCUGGCUGACUAUGGCUUCACGGGGUACCAGACCUUGUGGAGUGGCUUGCUGACGACCUUCCAGGUCGUGAACAUUGACGGCUGGGUCAGCCUGAUGCACCGCUUCGAGGAGCCAAGCGCGGCUGAAUUGAGACGCCCGUGUUUCACGAAGAAGCGCAUAUUCAAGCAGGAAGGAGAGUUGCCAGUUGCCUACCGAGAAGCAUGCAAUGCUUGGCGCUGCCCCGAGAUGGCGAGGGACAACAGCGGCUUGAUCCUCAUGAACUUGGUCUUAGCGAUACUUUGGCAUUCCUUUGACACGACGGUGCAAGAGGACCGAUCUGAGCUGGGAGACAGCAAGUUGAAGAUGGAGGCAAACCUUGCAGGAACAAGCUACAGCGGACGAAAGGCAUAG